UUCGGUCCUUUGGCUCUCUCUGAAUUGCCAGCAGUCCCUCCAGGGAAGGCUUCCAGGGAGGAGCCUUGCAAGAGAGACAGAGAGCAAGACAUGCUUUCUCUUUGCAGAGAGUGCCAGCACAUUCAGCUGCCAGGCCAGGAAGAAGAGGAGGAGGAGGAGGAGGAGGGGAAGUCAGUGCUGGGGACAGAGGGUGGCUGCAGGCGGAGAAAGCCCAUCCAGGUCACAGAGAAAAUUGUAUGCCCAGCUGCUGUGAGAUAGCGAUGACCUCCUCUUUGUGCAACAGAGAAGAUGCUGCAGAGCUUUGCAUUUUAACACUCGCAGAACUCGAUCUGAAAGAGCAAGCUCCUUUCUCACCCAAAGACCACCUGAAGGCUGAAUUAGAUGCCAGCACCAGAAAGAAGUAUGCUUCUGCAAAGAGAAAGGCAUUUGCUCUCUUCGUCAAAGCCAAGGAGAUGGUGGCUGAAACUUGCUAUCCCAUGUCUGCUUGUCAAGGGGCGGUUUUCUGGAGAUGCUGCCAGGAGACGUUCAAAGACCUGACUGGCAUCCACAGGCAUGUCGCUGCCCACCAUUCAGGAGACGUGGGGCAGGAAACAUUGAGGAUAUUAAAACAGAUGGCAGCUGGCGGUAACAAUACCACAAGCAGCCCAGUAACUGUGGAUGAAAUGCCUCGGCCCAGCCGGCCUCUUUAUCGCAGCCAGGAGAUGUUUCAGAUGCUCCCAGACACAAGCCACAUCGAUGUUGAUGAAAUGGCAAGUGAGGUUGGGCAAGUUCUGCUUUACUAUUGUUACUGCGAGGUGGCAGAUCCUGGGGGACUCUGCGCAUGGCAGAAGGCUUUAUGUCAACACCUGCAUCUCACGGGCAAGGUACGAAUAGCUUCUGAAGGAAUUAAUGGCACAGUUGGUGGAAGUAAGGUAGCGACUGACUUUUACAUGGAUGCAAUGCUAUCUAAUCCCCUCUUUAAAGACAUUUUGAAGAAGGAAGAUUUCAAGACCAGCAAAGGAGGUGCUCACUGCUUCCCAGACCUUCGAAUAGGUGUCUUUGAAGAAAUAGUCCCCAUGGGCAUCAGCCCAAAGAAAGUCUCUUACAAAGAAACUGGAAUCCGUUUGACUCCAAAGGAGUUUCACGUAGAAGUAGAAAAAUACCUUUUCCGAGGUAAUGAAGGGCAAACAGACACCAUUUUGCUGGACUGCAGGAACUUCUAUGAAAGUAAAAUAGGACAUUUCCAGGGUUGCUUGGCUCCAGACAUCAGAAAAUUCAGCUAUUUUCCUAUUUAUGUAGAUGAGAACCUUGACCUUUUCCAGGGCAAGCGGGUCCUGAUGUAUUGCACAGGAGGAAUCCGUUGUGAGCGAGGCUCAGCCUACCUCAGAUCUAAGGGUGUAUGUAAAGGUGUGUAUCAUCUCAGGGGUGGCAUCCACAAGUACCUGGAAGAAUUUCCUGACGGGUUCUAUCGGGGGAAGCUCUUUGUCUUCGAUGAGCGUUACACCAUCCCCUCCAACGGCGGUGCCAUUUCAGCUUGCCGUUACUGUGGGAUGCUUUGGGACCAAUAUCGACUGUGCUCAACCCAGCCCUGCCACCAACUUGUUCUGACCUGCACAGCAUGCCAGCUGAAAGGAUUCACCGCCUGCUGCCCACUGUGCCAGGAAAAAGGCCUUGCGCUGGCUGCAACCUCUUCUGGACAAGGCUUCAAGGAAGAGUGUGAGUGCACAGGGACACGGCAACGAAUUCCUGUAGAGCGUGUUUAAUGAAGAGCUUCAGAGCAAGAUUCCCUCUUUGCUGAAUCCUCUUGGAGACCCCCCGACUCCAAGAUACAAUUUAGUGGGAUUUGGGGCAACCACUUUCAUUAGCCUGCAAGACUAACUUACUCUUAGAAGCAAAAUACUGGUAUAUGCAAAGCAAAAAAAAAAAAAAAUUAAAACUCCAAUGGUGCUAUACAACUCAUGUGAGAUGUUCACCCCUUUCCUUGCAACUUGACGUGGAGUCUAGGCAGUAAGAUGUACUACUGUUCCUUGUAGCAGGAACAACAACGCAAUAAAUGGUCAUAGUUUUCAGGAAAGGGAAGGGAGCGCAAAAAAGUUCAGAUAAACUGUCGCUUGUAUGCACUUUGGGAAAACUCACUGGGCAUAUAUCGAAGUGAUCUGCCUGCAAGCUUUUGGGGUUUCUCCUAAUUGAAAUACAUCUUUUGGGCAGCUCUCCUUCCCUCCCUAUCCUUGCACACUCAACAUUACCUCUGUUUUUCCGGCAGUGGCAGAAGCCUAUUUGAGCAGAGGGUAGAAAAGGCAAGCUAAUGCUCUUU